GAAAUGAUUAGAAUAAAUAGUCCCGUCAAGUUUCAUUUCUAACACUUUUUACCUGUCAGAGAUAUACACAACACAACAAACAAAAAUAACCCGUGUAAGCGUAGCGCAAAGGUGGUAUACACUACACCAUAAACGACGCUGCGUUCAACGACUUUUUUCGUUCCCUUCAGAUUUCGUAAUCGACGGCAGCGUCAGACUAACGGUGCCGCUUCGUGGUGCCGUCGUUACGCUUCUAUCUGUUACCUUCCUUAUACGCCAUCGUAUCGAUCCAUCUCAUCAACGAUCGUUCCUCUUUCAUCUCAAUUACCAAACCCUAAUUCAGACGAAGUUAUUUUCUCCUAAAUUUCCAGGCCAAUGGCAUCUUCUUCAGACUCAUGGAUGAAGGAAUAUAAUGAAGCAAUGAAACUUGCCGAUGAUAUCAGUGGCAUGAUUUCUGAACAUAAUUCAUUUCCUUCAUCUGGACCUGAAACACAGCGUCAUGCAUCUGCUAUAAGAAGGAAGAUAACAAUAUUGGGGACCAGACUGGAUAGCUUGCAAUCCCUUUUGUCAAGGGUCCCUGUAAAGUCCGAGAAGGAGAUGAAUCGUCGCAAGGACAACCUUGCAAAUUUGAGGUCAAAGGUUAACCAAAUGGCUUCAACAUUGAACAUGUCAAACUUUGCAAAUAGGGAUAGUUUGCUUGGGCCAGAAAUAAAACCAGAUGCAAUGAGCAGAACCGUUGGCUUGGAUAACAAUAAACUUGUUGGUCUGCAACGGCAAGUUAUGAAAGAGCAAGACGAGGGCCUUGAGAAAUUGGAGGAAACCGUAUUAAGUACGAAACAUAUUGCGUUGGCAGUGAAUGAAGAGCUGACUCUACACACUAGGCUCAUUGAUGACUUGGACGAACAUGUUGAUGUCACAGAUUCUCGGCUGAGGAGAGUGCAGAAGAAUUUGGCCAUUUUAAAUAAACGUACAAAGGGUGGUUGCUCAUGCUUGUGCAUGCUAUUAUCAGUGAUUGGUAUAGUGGUCUUGGUUGUUGUCAUAUGGCUUCUGGUCAAAUAUUUGUAGUUACGAAAAUACUCAACUUGGGAGCUGUUUCCCUUUUGUUUAUGUUUCUGAAUGUGUGCCAUGAAACAUAUCAUAUAUAACCUGGUUUCUUUGAUUGUUCUUUUGCUUUGCCAAUGACAUGGAAUUUAUUAAGGUCUUCAAAGUCUAUGAUUUGUAAUUGCAGAUCUUUAUUAAGUGUUGA